AUGACUCCAAAAAAUCGAUGGCCAGCCUCGAUUUUAAAAUAUAGUUGCAUUUUUUUCUAUGUCAUCGCUCAUCACAUUUCCUGUGCAAAAACUCCGUUAUAUAUUGGUGGUACAUUUCCUCUAAGCCAUCGCUAUCUCCGACAAAAGAUGAUUGAAAUGGAAAAUUCUGCUAAAAUGGCAAUACGUGACAUUAAUUCUAGAAAUGAUAUCCUGGAAACUUAUGAAAUGAGACUAAACCUAAAGGAUGAUAGGUUCGAUAAAAUUGUUGCUGGCCAAGUUAUCUUCGACCAAAUCUUAUAUGGCCCACAACUUAUUGCUUUACUGGGACCUUUUACAUCGAGUUCAGCAUCUAUAGUAGCCCCCAUGGCUCGCUAUUGGAACUUAAUUCAGCUGUCUGUUGGAGCUACAUCAACACAAUUCAGCAAUCGGAAAGAAUAUCCUUACUUUUAUACCAGCAUAAUAACCGAUAUUACGUACAAUUUGGUUCGUAUAAAUAUGGCGAAGUAUUUUGGGUGGCAACGAGUAGCCAUCAUCUAUCUUAGUGAUGUUUUAUUUGAUAACGGAGCUCUGAAUUUGCAAGCAGAAUUAGAAAUGGGAGGUGUUAAUAUUAUCGCUAAGGAAAGCUUUGUAUCUGAUCCAGAAUUACAAAUUAAGAUGUUGAAGGAAAAAGGAGCAAGAAUUAUAUUUACCUUUGGCUAUCCUCAGAAUUUAGCCAGUAUAUUUUGCCAUGCUUAUAAACUUGGCAUGUAUGGUGAAAAUUACGCUUGGUUUGCAUCUAAUUUUCUCCAGCGCAACUGGUGGGAAGCAACGGCACAUGGCAUUAACUGUACAACGCAUGAAAUUCUGCAAGCCGGUAAAGGCUAUAUAGCUUUCGGUCAAUCUUAUAUUUCAGAAUCAGGACUGAAUAAUAAACUAACGGUUUCAGGGCUUACAUAUCGAAAAUAUUUUAAGGAAUAUGAAAAAUUCACCAAUGGAACUCCUAGAAGUGUUUCGCAUACUCCAUCUGCUUACGAUUCUAUAUGGUGUCUUGCGUUAGCUUUAAAUCAAACGGAUCAUCAGCUUCAGAAAUAUAAUACAAGCCUCGCUAACUUUAACUACAAUGAUACUAGAACUCGAAAAUUAUUCAAUGCCGCUAUGGAAAAUAUAUCAUUUAUGGGUUUAACGGGUCCAUUUAGUUUUCUAAGCGGAGCAAGAGUAGGUGACAGCAAUAUCAUGCAAUUCAGAGGCAAUAUUUCAGCAUUCGGUCUGGUUAAAGUUGGUUUUUAUAACAGCAGCAGCAGAGAAUUAAGUUUCAACGAGACAGAUCGUCUUAUGUGGCCAGGAGGACGCGUUCCAGUCGACGGAUUUGAAACUAAAUUUGAAGAGAAUUAUAUUACAUGUGGACUAUUUAUAAUAGUAACGAUUUUAUCUGUAGUUGGAAUUGUGACUGCAAUGGCAUUUUUACUUAUCAACUUUAGACAUCGAGAGUUACGGGUUAUUAAAAUGUCUAGUCCUAGAAUUAACAAUCUAAUAUUGCUUGGCUUUAUAUUUUGCUACGCCGAUGUUGUCUUGUUUGGAGUAGACUAUGGUAUAACGAAACAGGAAUAUCUCCCUACAGUUUGUACCGUUCGUGUUGGCUUAUUGUGUAUAGGAUUUACACUAUCAUUCGGUGCAAUGUUUGCUAAAACUUGGCGCGUUCAUGUUAUCUUUACAAACAAGACAAAUACAAAAGUGGUAAUCAAAGAUUCUUCGCUCUUUGGGAUAACUAGUAUCCUAUUAAUAAUUGAUUUUAUCAUUUUGGCUGUAUGGAUAUCAAUCGAUCCGUUUAUAAAUCGAUAUCAAUCAAUUUCAUCAUCUUCGUCAAGUCCUGGAUCGAAUAUCAUUAUACAACCGCGGACACUAGUUUGUAGUUGUCAACAUAUUUCUGUUUGGUUGGGGGUCGUCUAUGGGUAUAAAUUCUUAUUGCUUGUUUUCGGUACAUUUUUGGCAUGGGAAACUCGAAAUGUUUCGAUAGCGGAAUUGAAUGAUUCUCGUCAUAUUGGAUUAACUAUUUAUAAUGCGGUUAUGUUUGCAACUAUUGGGGUAUUAGUGAGCCAGCUAACACAAACGACUGUAAAUGGAGGAUAUAUCAUUAUAUCGGCAUUUAUCUUAAUUUGUACGACAUCCAGUAUGUGUCUAUUCUUUAUACCGAAGAUUCAACUUAUCAGAAACGCAAAUUUUUCGAUCAUUUCUGGACGACCUACAAGACCAUCAGCAAUUCAACGUCCUCGUCCGAGUGUAGUAAACACUAAAAUAAUUAUACCAGAAAUAUCGAAGAAUGUAUCUAUAAAGCAACCUGCUGAACAGAAUUUGUAA